AUGGGAAAUGAAUUUGACGAGUUCUUGAAGAGAGUUGUGCAAGAUCAUGCAGAUGGCGGCCGAGAUGGGAAUGAUUUCAUCGAUGUAUUGCUCACUAUUGAGAGAGUGAAGAGCGCCGAGUUUGAAAUCGAUCGGAUAAGCAUAAAGGCAAUCAUUUUGAAUGUAUUUGUGGGUGGUACGGAGACAUCGUACACACUUAUGGAAUGGGCAAUGACAGCUUCCACGUCACCCCGAGUGUCAGAACAGACUCCAGAGAGAAGUUUAAAUCAAGUGUAUCAGAAGACGAUAUUGUUGUUGUGGUGUUGA